AUGAAGACUUCACCCAACAUUCAGAAUGGUAACUUUUUCGCCAUCAUCACUCCUGCCGAGAAAAUUCGGGUGCAACUCAAUCUUAUUCCUUCUCCAACGACCAUCCAAAAAUACAUUAAUAAGAUCACCAGCAAUUUUUCAUCAUCUUCUCCUCCGAUGAUGGAAUUUGAUUAUGAUCCAAGUGUCCAUAAUAAUUAUGAGGGUAUCAUGAAAUCAUUGUUGAACAAGAUCGGAGCAAAGGAGAAACGGGUUGUAUUGUCCAUCAAAUAUAUGGAUCAUGAUGGAGAUUGGGUGAACGUUUCCAGUGAUGAGGAAUGGGUGCUAGCUGUUAACGGUCAUUAUGGAGGAAUGAUGAAUUCUCGCUCAAGUGAAACCAAUACACCAAACAGAACUCUUGACGUUCAACUCACCGUUAAAAUGUUGAGCCGUGACGAAGUGUUGACCAGAAAGGCUAGUUACAAGCUUGAAAAGAUGCAACAAAAGUUUCAAGAGAAGCUUAUUAAAAAAGAAAAGAAAAUUUCCAAGAGACUGAACAAGUACUUAAGUCCAACAAGCAUCGGAAUGAAUGUUGAUUUCUCAACUGGGUCAAUGGGCUCACCAACAGGUUCAGAACAAGGAAGAUCGUUUUCUCCAUUAAUUGCUGAGCCAAGCGCUCCAAUUUUUGAGCAUGAUAGACCUGUUGACAAUGCUGUAUCUUCAGAGCUCUCUCCAAGAGAAAUCAAAAAAUUGGAAAAGAUUCAGAAGUGUCAAGAAAGGACAAAGGAAAGAGAAGCUAAACUUCUUGAAAAAGAAAGAAAAAUUCUUGAAAAGCAAGAGCAUAAAGACCAGCUAAAAGAGGAAAACCAAUUAAUUGCUGCUGAUGAUAUUGAGCUCUACAACCCUCAAACUCAGGAAUUUUCUCACAGACUCCCGCCAGAAAUUCACUAUGUUUAUAUUGAUUCAAACAAUAUGCUUUACAUCACUUAUGUAUUGAGAACUUUAGUCCUAUUCCAGAAAGACAAAGCAAGCGCUGAAAAGCUGUUAAUUUACAUAGCAAGACUUUUCAAAAGCCAUAUGGAAGUCAUGCUCAAUCAUCAAUUUAUUUUGUUUAACGUUUGCUUUGAUUCGACGGGUAACACAAUGAGCGCUGACAAUGAGACAUUUGUUGUUUCAUCUGCCAGCGACAAUGGUUUCUUAAUCGCUGAUGAUAUGCUUGUAGAUAUUGCAAACAGACACCAUAUUGCUGGUACUUCGGAUAGUUGUCUGUUUGUCACAAGCGACCGUGGUUUGAGAAAGAAACUAAAAGAGUGUAAAACUAAAUGUGUUGGAUCGGGACAAUGGUUGAAAUUCUGCUAUUACCAUUUGUGUGGAGAGACAGCGACAACAGAUAUGAAUUCAUGGAUGUCACAACUCUUGAAUGAAAUGGAUUGA